AGAUUCAUUAAGUAAAUAGAAUCUGAAAAGAUACUGGAAAAAGAAUUUAAGUCGUCAUCCAACAGGCAAAUCGAACACAGUAAAAAGGUUAAAAAAUUUCUUUUGCAAGACUAUAGACUUUUGUGUAAGAUAUAAAGAAAAGUAGUGAAAUGUCCAAGAUUCUCGCUGUACCCCCAAAGAAGCCGACGGAGGUCGACAUUAUAAAGCCACUGAACAAUCUUAUACAGAGUACAUAUAGUGGAGCAAGUGCUGAAGAAAAGGCUAAAUACUCGGAAGCUGUAAAUGAAUUCUCGAAGCAGCGGAAUAUUGCGAUAUGGAAGUUUUUCGAAAAAUAUGAAUCUUCACUAGAAAUAGUAUAUGCAUACUAUGACCAAAUAUGUUCAUUGGAAACUAAAAUUCCUGUCAACGAGUUACAAAUUCCUUUCAAAUGGAAGGAUGCAUUCGACAAAGGCUCAAUUUUUGGUGGUCGCAUAAGUUUGACCCACACCUCUUUGCUGUAUGAGAAGGUGUGUGUACUUUUCAAUAUUGCUUCAUUGCAAAGCAAUGUGGCAUCUACUCAGGCUCUGGAUAGUGAUGAAGGUUUGAAAGUUGCACUGAAGUUACUACAACAAAGUGCAGGCAUUUUCCAGUAUCUUAAAAGUGCUACUCCAGCAGCUAUACCUUCGGAACCCACACCCGAUUUAAGCCAGGAUACUCUAAUGUGUUUGCAAGCUUUGAUGGUAGCUCAGGCACAGGAAGUCUUUAUUUUGAAAGCCAUAAAAGACAACAUGAAAGACCAAAUUAUUGCAAAGUUAUGUUGCCAAUGCGAAGAGUUCUACGCCGACGUAUUACGUGCAAUGCAAAAAGAAAGUGUACGUAAUAUUUGGGAAAAGGAAUGGAUACCAGCCAUUGCAGGCAAACAGGCUGGUUUUCAUGCUCUAACUCAACUUUAUCAGAGUUUGGUAUGUCGGGCUGCUAAACGGAUUGGUGAGGAAAUUGCUCGCUUGCGCUCCUCUGUUGAUUUGUUUAAAGCUGCACAAACUCGUUCUGGUAAUUCUGCAUAUCUUGAUGAAUUCUUUAGUCGUGCCAGACGCAAUUUGGAAGAAUCCACAAAAGAUAAUGAAUUCAUUUACAAUGAAAUGAUUCCUGAUAUUAGUGCAUUGGCAUCUCCAGGAAAAGCACAGCUGGCUAAAGCUCUACCAUUAUCUUCACCUUUGGCUAGUAGCUUUAAGGAUAUCUUUUCAGAAUUAGUACCAGUCGAAUUGCAUCGUGCUUUGACGGCGUCGGAUAUGCGUAAAAAUGAAAUUGUAAAUGGCGAAAUAAUGAAACUUCGCGAAGCUACACAGACCUUGAAUGGAGUUUUGGCUAGCUUGAAUUUACCAGCUGCUGUCGAGAUCACGGAUGGCGGCAGUGGCCUACCACCUUCACUACGUGAGAAGGCUGUCGAUGUUCGUAGCAAAGGUGGUAUCGAGAGUAUAAACACUUAUCUUAAAGAAUUGCCGGAGUUAUUACAGCGCAAUCGUGAGAUUUUGGAUGAAACAGAGCGCUUAUUGGACGAGGAACGUGAUUCUGAUAAUCAAUUACGUAAUCAGUUCAAACAAAAGUGGACACGCAUUCCAUCUGAUAAGUUAACUGAAAUGUUCCGCGCAAACGCAAAGAAGUAUCGUGAAGUAAUUACAAAUGCAGUCGAAGCUGAUAAAAUUGUUCGUCAAAAAUUUGAGACGAACCAAAAGGGUAUUGAGCUGCUUUCAAUGGCACCAGAACAAAUUCAGCAGGCUAUACCAGCAGCCGGAGGAAAUGUAGAUCCAAACUGCCCCAGUGUACAAAGAUUGAAAGGCCUAAUGGAGGCUGUAGAAACCAUCAAAGCUGAACGGGAUGCAAUUGAGUCGGAGCUAAAGUCAGCUACUUUCAAUAUGAAAGAAGAAUUUUUGUCGGCAUUACAAAAAGACGGUGCAAUCGAUGAACCGGCUAUUUCCUUAUCUCGCAUUGGACAAGUUUUGAAUCCUUUACAAGCACAAGUCAAGGAUAGUGUCGAACGUCAAGCAACGUUGAUUAGUGACAUUCAGCAAGGUCAUGAGCAAUUUGUGACCGAAACUGGUAGUUGCGGAAACUCUCGUGAUAAACUUUAUCAAGAAUUGGCAACAGCUUAUGAUAGCUUCAUUGAACUUUUGGGCAAUUUGAAAGAGGGCACGAAAUUUUAUAAUGAUUUAACUGAGCUUUUGGUCGUUUUCCAAAAUAAAAUAUCCGAUUUUUGUUUCGCUCGUAAAACGGAAAAGGAAGAAUUGCUGAAGGAUUUGACAACAGAGUCUAGCCGUCCAGAAAUAGGGCCCACACCAACAUUACCAUCACACUACUCAUCUACGUCAGGAAAUGAUGUCAGUCCAGCUACUUCAACGCCAUCAGUGCCAGAUGCUCCCGCACCGUCGGCAGCACAAGUGCCUUAUCCACAUCAAAUGCAAGGCAUGCCGAUGCCAUAUGGUGCUACACCGAACAUGCCCUAUCCAACAUACGUUCCACCACCAAUGCCACAGGGAUUUAAUCCGUACGCAACGCUGCCAUAUCCUGGAUCACCCUAUCAAUACAGCGGUUUUCCACAAGGGCCACAGCCCGGUCACUAUGGCACCUAUCCAGGCAGUUUUGCUCAUCAACAGGGUGGUUAUCCAAAUCAAAAACCACCAGGCUGGUAGAUGAAUGAUCCAUGUUAGGAAUCUCUUUCCCUAUCACCACGCCUUGUUAUAUUACUCGUCAUCAUGUUUUAUAAAAAACUUUUUUUUUAGGUAGAUGGAAUGGAUGUUCUGUUUUUAAAAUGUGAAGUUAUACACUUGAAUUGUAUUGUCGAAUUAAUUUUUCUGUUUAAAAUAAUUAUGUAGUUUUAAAUAUCAAGCGUUAUGUAAAAAUACAUACACGUACAUAUAUAAUCGUACACGCAUACCUACUCUUAUAUGUGAAAUUGAUAUCUUCACAGCAAUAAUCAAUAAUAAAAACUGAAAAUCAU